GAAAGUAGGAACCUCCCCAUCAAAUGAUCGAUCGGCUGAACUUUGAUGUUCCCCAAGAACCUCUCCAACGUCUUGUAGCCGAGAAUCGUAAGAGUAUACUUGAGCUUCGUGUUGUCAUCGAACGAUGAAACCGGCAAACAAUACCCCGCGCGACGACAGCAUCCAGAUGAUGAGAUGCUAAAGCAAGCAUGUGGUUAAACUAGCCAUGGCGUAAAUUAUCCAAAAACUACGCACAAUCAAUCGAUAAUAGCCCAAGCACGCGGUCGACCAUUCAGUCGGUGUUGUUCCAUCGAUCGGCUAACGCUGAACAGGAUUUUAGAUAAGGAGCAGUACAUCGUUCGAAUCACGAUAAUUGGGCGAUCAUAAGAAAUCUCCAAAAUUGCAUGGGUGCAACCUGAAAGGUGCAACUGUCGGUAACAGCAGGAGUGAAUCCAACGUGUUGUACUCGAUCAACUACGUAACGUUUAUUUUCUGCCAAAUCACGCUGGCUGUAUGUGAAUCAUCGAGUUUUUUCGUAAGUGAACUUUGUUCAUCUACCGAAAAAGUAUCCGAAGCUGAGCUUUGCCAAUCAGUGUGAUUUAUUACAAGCAGGUGAAGUGGAACCCGAACCCGAAAUGAGCUGUGAAGUGUGCCAGAGGCAGUGGGAAAUCUUUCUGGAUACCUACAGACCCAAUCAGCAUGUGGUCUGGAUUGUCGGUACAAUUGUUUACACAACCGUUGUAGCAGCGAUCAUUUCCGGAUCGUUCAUGUUCAUGGACAUAACAGGUUUCCCGAAGCGGUUACGGAAGUACAAGCUGCAGCCGGGAACCAAUGAACCGCUUACCUGGCUUCAACUGAAAAAGUUGCUCAAAACCGCCACCAUCAACAUGAUUCUGGUAGGAACUCCAGCCCUGACAGUAUUUCACGGAAUAACUGUUGCACUGGGACGCUCCGUGGAUUUGCGAACGUUGCCAUCGUUGCUGGAAAUACUGUACACGAUUCCCAUCGCCAUGGUGUCCUCCGAAACGGUAUUCUACUACAGCCACCGAUUGCUGCAUUCCAAGCUGUUGUAUAAAACCGUGCACAAGAAGCAUCACGAGUGGACCGCACCGGUAUCGCUGGCCGCCGUCUAUGCCCAUCCCAUUGAACACAUCGUCAGCAAUAUGGCUCCGUUCUAUGUGCCGGUCAUGAUCGUCCGAACGCAUCUGGUAACGGCUUGGAUUUGGGCAACGAUAGUGCUGAUGGGUACGCUGCACGAUCAUUCCGGGUAUCAUUUGCCGUACCUGUGGGGUACGCCGGAUUUCCACGAUUUUCACCAUCAGAAGUUCAAUCAAUGCUACGGGGCCAUCGGCAUCCUCGACUGGCUUCAUGGAACUGACGUUCAAUUCAGGCGUCACAAGGCCAAACUGAGAGCAGCACUACAGGACUCGGAUAGAUAAGGCAUAAGAAUGUUGAACAUGAUUGUUUUUUUUUUCGGGAGGAAGGUUCUUGAGUGUUCAAUAAAACAAUUUGAACAGUUACUUGGGAAAACAAAA